UGAUUAUUUAAAAGCAACUGCAAUAAAAUAUUUCCUAGUUUAAUUAUUAACACGCAAAUGAUUGCACCCUGCACUGUUGCUAUCUCGCUUGAUAGACCCAGUCAGCUCGGGCUUGUUUACGUAAACAGUUGUCUUUCGUUUUCGGGGAACGUAUAGGUUAGUUUCGUUUUUCAGCAAGCGCUGUCCUCCAGAUCAGUAAGAUUGAUAUUUCUCUGUAUAUGCUACGUACUUAAUAUGUAAUACGGUUCAUGAUGCUGAAAAGAGCGAUGUUUCGCUGUGGACAGCUGUGUUCGCGUGUGUUCGCGGUGGAGUUUGACCUACGCACUGAACCUCUUUAUUUCACGCUGAGCUCAACCCCGCAAGAGCUUCAUCAGGCUCAUCAGCAGCUCUUUGGAGGCGAUGAGAAACUCUUCUCGCUUCAUGUCCACAGUGACAGCAGAACUGAGAAAGCGCGAACGCACGCCGAAAUAAAACACAAGCUGUCCGUCGCUCUGUCGCGCGACUGCGAUGUUUUUGAAGCGUCCGCUUUCAUACCGGACGUCAAAAACAGCGUCGAUAAGGGAUUUUUUAUACGAGACAAAUCCACUACAAGCCUUUCGGAGGACGUACUGAAGACGUUGCAGCAGAGUAAAUCAGUAUGUGUGUUUUCAUACAAGCGCGAGGGUCAGUACUGCUGGCAGGAGCUGUGGUCACCUGUCAAUCAAGUGGAGGAGUCAGUGAGGCAGUACGUCACACCUGCAGCAGCAGCAGAGCGUCACCCGUCCACACUGAACAUCACGAGCUCUGAUGUCUACUACUGCAUGAAUGACGCCUAUGAGGUUCUUCGGGAGUGCACUGAAAUUAUCCCUGAGUCAAAGGAAGUGCUGAAGCUUGUAGACGAACAGUUGGAGACCAGCAGGGGUGAUGCAUUUCCUGUCAUUGUGAUCGAGGGACUGGAUGCCACAGGUAAGACUACUCUCACAGAAGCCCUGCGGGAGUCUCUGAAUGCUACUCUGCUGAAAUCUCCUCCCCAGUGCCUGGCUCCUUUCAGACAGCGCUUUGACUCAGAACCACCCCUCAUCCGCAGGGCCUUUUACGCUCUGGGGAACUACAUCACUGCUGCCCACAUCGGGAAAGAGUCCCUGAGGGCUCCCGUCAUAGUGGACAGGUACUGGCACAGCACAGCAGCGUAUGCCAUUGCCACAGCAGUUGGUGGAAGAGUUGACAACCUCCCAAAGCCAGGCUCAGAGCUCUACCAGUGGCCAGAAGACUUGCUCCAACCAAACCUGGUGCUGCUCCUCACUGUCAGUCCAGAAGAAAGACUGAGAAGACUCAGGGACAGGGGACAGGACAAGACCGUCGAGGAGGCUGAGCUAGAGAUCAAUCAGCUCUUCAGACUUAAAGUGGAGGAAGCUUACAAGAGAAUCCAGAAUCCUGCCUGCAUCAUCGUGGAUGCAAGCCCCUCUCCACGAGAAGUGCUUCAACAAGUGCAGCAUUUAAUUAGGAACAAAUGUCACUUGAAAACAAACAACCAGCUCUCUACCCGACGAGACCAGAAGCCAUGCAAUCUCUCCACACACCACUAGAUGGUAGUGUAGUGUUACGAUUCCACCCCCAAUAAACUACCUCUACUGUAAGAGCCCCAGUCACAGUCAGAUGAGCCUGGGGAUUGAAAGGGAGGCUGGUGGCUAACUGCCAGCAUAUAUUUCAGGGUUCGUAUCUAGACAUGUCACAGCAUAUUCCCCUGCCCACCAAGGUUUAGUGAUGACACGAGAGGGUAAGUUAUUGCGGGUGCCGUGGCUGGACGUCAGCUCUCAUACGCAGGGUCACAGCAUGAACUUUUCUCAUACUGACUUAUUCCCAGCGAAACACAGGAACUCAGCUAAAGAGGUUUGAGAAUUCAUCAAUCACUUCAAUUAGAUUUAAACACAAGAACUCAUUGUUGGUCAGCUCGAUGUUCACUCCUUUAGGAGAUGGAAUCAAGGGACCUUAUGGAGAUAUUAAAAGCAAUAGAUCUACAGGCAGUUUAAACUUGCUUUGAUUUGUUGCUGUUGCUUUUGGACACAGAAUCUGAUUAUUAAUUAAGAGUGAUUUGCUAGGACAAAAGUGUACACUUUAACUCAGCUUUCAGUUCCAGAUUCCUUAAAGUCUGUUUAUUAUCCUAAAAUGAUCAGCCAAGAAUAAAUUGUAAUCUAAUAUAAAUCUUUUAAA